AUGGCCAGAGAAGAAGAGAAUAAGUUAUUCCUUGUCCCCUGGGACCUGAAGAGUGGCCCUGGGUUUAAAGGCAAUGAGGAUGAUUUAUUGGCAGUGAGGAUAGGUUAUCUCCCUGCAGCUCGGGGUAACCUCCAGCCAUGGUCACAAGGUGUCAUCGCAGUGGUUGUAUUUCUAGUCCUGGUGGCCAUCGCUUUCGUGGUCAAUAAGUUCUGGUGUAAGGAGAAAGAGGAAAACGUGGAGGCAGUGGUGAGCAUCGGAGACAAGCCGGAAGCUGUCCUAUCCAACGGCCGUGAAGGGAGAUACCUAACAGCAGCAGCUGACUUCAGGUCCAAAGAGUGCCAGCAUGCCUAUGAGAACACUUUGGAGCCCGAGGAGAAGGUGAUCACCACCGCGAUGUAGCAUAUGCCCUGACGAUUGACCCUCAUUCUUCGUCUCUGCUCCUCACUUUGCUUCUCUCUAUCAGGAUGGGCGUUUUCACAGGGGUUCUCUGCACCGACUUCCCCCGUACAUGACUGCUGCUCUGACCUCUCCAUGUCGCCAUCAUUUUCCGGCCUUCUCCCUUUCCAUGUCCCGUGUGCAGGAUGGCUCGUGCUCUUCUGCCUCUUGGCAAGGCUGCUCAGAGGCUGGUGUCCAUGUAGGAUCUGCCUCCAGGAGAGUGAGAUCUCUCCUGCUGUGGGAUCACUGGCCCUAUAGCUAGGGAUGAUCUUUCCCAAUCCCUGUCGAGCCACAGGGAUGCUGACCUGCUCCAGACAUGGGCACAGGCCUGGAACCGAUCACGGGAGUCUCGCGUUGGUUGUGUGGGACUGUGCCGGCCCUGGAGGCAUUUCAGGGUUCCCACCCUGCCUAACCCAUGGAGGGGAGGAAAGGGGAGCGGAAACAACUAUGCAAGACAACAGCCAAAGCCUUGGGAUGGAGGCAGAGAGAGUGCAGGAGAAACCCACCCUCCUCUCCACCCCUCCAGGCCCAGGAGAGCCUGGUCCUGAGUCACAGCUGCCCCUACUCAACUGCAUUGCCAGCAGCCCCAGGGCUGGUUGUCCCUUCACUGAUGCAUCGCUGCUGUCAUCUCUCAUUACUAGCUCUACCAUGGGCCCGGCUGCUCUGGACAGGGGACCAAAUGGGGCAGGGUGUUCCCUCCACCCCUGCCUGCCCCAGCCACCCUGCUGGGAGCUGCUGACUGAAACCUGCUCUCUUCUCAGCAUUUCACCCUCUUUUGGACAACCAAAGGCCCAGAACCAACCAUUUUAA